GCACACAUCAUAUGGGAGUUGUUGGCAUCGUCAUUCGGUGUCAGUGUAACAAGAGAGUCGCACGCUUCGUUAUUCAUUGGAGGGGAGCUCACAAUAUGAGCGUCAAGACAGCAGCAUAUGGAUCAUGGGUGUCGCCCAUCACCAGUAAAAUUGUCACGGAGAGCAGUGUCCGCCUACUAGAAGUCAGGACAGACACCAAAAAUCCAAAUGAUGUGUACUGGACGGAGAUGAGGUAUGAUGAGGAAGGUCGCUAUGUGAUUUGUAAACAGACAGUGGGCCAGGGGUGUCCGGUAUCCCUCACACCCACAGAGUUCAGUGCCAGGACCCUGGUUCACGAGUAUGGAGGCGGAGCAUUCUUCGUCAAUGAUGGAAAGGUUUAUUUUUCCAACUUCAAGGACCAGAGACUGUAUGUGCAGAAAUCAGAAGUGGGAGCCGUUCCUGAGGCAAUCACACCAGCAGAGUGUGCCUGGAGAUAUGCUGAUGGGGAACUAAAUGAAAAGACAGGAAAAAUCUUCUGUGUGAGAGAAGAACAUAAAAAGGGAGCCAAGGAACCUGUGAAUACGGUCAUCUCCCUAGACCCCUCCAGUCAACAACAGACUGUUUUGGUUAAAGGAUCAGACUUCUACAGCCAUCCGAGGGUGUCACCUGAUGGAAAGACUCUGGUCUGGGUUCAGUGGGAUCACCCAAACAUGCCCUGGAACAACACAGAACUAUGGAUUGCUGACCUGAAUGAAGCUGGUGAUGGGAUUAGUGAUGCCAGACAGGUUGUGGGAGGUGCCGAUUCCAGUGUGAUUGAGCCUGGUUGGACCACAGACAAUGAACUACUGUACGUCAGUGACAAGUCGGAGUGGUGGAACUUGUAUAAGAUGACUUCGGAGGGGGAGCACAUCAACCUUCUGCCACAGGACAAGGAGACGGGAGGUCCACACUGGGCGUUCAACUGUACAACUUACAGUGUGAACCCAUCAGGGAAUGGUCAGGUGGCUAUUAAGAUGGGAGGGGACCUGGGAAUAUUAGAUCUCAAGACAAAAGCAUACAAAGUGAUCGACACAGGCUUUACAUCUUACCGAUUCCUCCACCUCACUACCAGUGGCGAUAUCUUCUGUUACGGAGGCAGUCCAACCCGUUUCCCCUGCAUCAUCCAUGUCCUUCCCAGUGGCAAGGUAAAUAUUAUCAAAGAGUCCAAGGUGUUACCCAUUGACAAGGGCUAUUACAGUGUUCCAGAAGAGAUCACCUGGCCUACUUCUAAUGGAGACAGAUCUUAUGGCUAUCUGUACCUGCCACAGAACAAAGACUUUGUCGGCACAGAAGGCACCUUACCUCCACUGCUUGUCAAGGCACAUGGAGGUCCCACUAGUCAGUCGGACAAUAGUCUAACCCUCACCAUUCAGUACUUCACAAGUCGGGGAUUUGCUGUCCUGGACGUCAACUACCGAGGGUCCACAGGCUACGGACGCACUUACAGAUUGAAACUUCUUAAAAACUGGGGAAUAUAUGACAUGGACGACUGUUGUCAUGGUGCUCAAUUCCUGGCAGACUCCAAGAAAGUGGAUCAAAAUAAGUUGUGUAUUGAUGGUGGAUCUGCAGGGGGCUAUACCACACUGGCCUGUCUUACGUUUAGGGACACCUUUAAAGCAGGUGCCAGCCACUAUGGUAUUUGUGACUUGGAGGCCUUGGCACAUGACACACACAAGUUUGAGAGUAGAUACCUGGACUCACUAAUUGCUCCAUACAGUGGUGACGGAGUGAAGAUCUACAAGGACCGCUCUCCCAUCAACUUUGUCGAUCAGCUUAAAUGUGCUAUGGCCUUCUUCCAGGGAGAUGAGGACAAGAUUGUUCCUCCUAAUCAAGCUCAAAUGAUGUUUGACGCAGUCAAGGCAAAGGGCCAACCUACAAUGUUUGUCUUAUUUGAAGGGGAACAACAUGGCUUUAGAAAGGCAGAAAAUUUACAGACAGCCUUGGAUGGAGAGCUCUAUUUCUUCUCGAAGGUGUUCGGCUUUGAAGCUGCUGACAUCACAUGUGAUAAAAUUAUUCACAACAUGUGAAGAAAACAUUCCACAACAAAAGUAACUGAUUUUUCCUGAUGUUUCCUGGCUGUCUCCAUUCACGUGUGAUCAAGUACCAAGAAGAGCUUCACUAUUAAGUGCUAUCAAUUUCCAUAGAAGAUGUAUUAGUUUGGUUGUUGAGAUUUAAGUACCAUUAUAAACCUUAACCUUAUAUGUCAAAUGAACCAAAGUGAGAGUAUCCCAUAAUACUGGGACUUGCGAUGAUCAUUGUCCAUUAAUAUAAUUUUGUCCUGCUAAACUGAAUGGAUUUCAUCCAUAUUUUUUAUGUAGUAUCAUUUAGAUCAGGGAAUUAACACUAUAUUUAGCAAGUUUGUGGCUCCCUGGGGGUAGAAAGGCAGGACCCAAAAGUGGAAAAGGUAUUAAUCUUUAAAUGAACAUUCUUCUGGUAUGAAGUAAGGGAUCUUGGCAUAAUUUAAUUGGUAUGGAAAUUCCUUGAUCCAAAGGGGCAGGGCCAGAGAUAUAUGGUUGGAGAUUCCUUUGAAAUAUUUGGUAUAUUGCCGCCAUGGAUUCCACCUGGAGUUUUUUUUAUUAAAAUAAUGUGUUAAUGAACUGAUUUUGCUUAAACGUUUUGGAAAUAUGAGUACAUGGUUUUGAGUGAAUACCAGUAGUGUAUAGUACUAAAAUUUUCAUCACAAUCAUCUUUUUAUCUUUGUUUCCGUUUCAUUAGACUGUGGAAUUCAUUUGAGAGGUAUUUAAGGCCCUUUUGGCCUUUUUCUAGUAUAAAACUGUAUUAUGUAUAUUAAAUAUGCAUGAUAUCGUAAUAUUAUAUAGUCUUUGUGCCCAUAAAGGCAUAAUUAUACAUACAUAAUUGAUCCCAAGUUUUAGGCCAGGGAUGGUUAACAUUGUCCCCCUUUUGUUUCUAUGUUAACAUUAUUUUUCAAAUAAGUUCAAAUAUAUAUCUGAAUGAAUAAUGACUAUAUUUAUCAGAAAAUUUCUAAACUUACUUGAAAUGAAGAAACAUAUUUCAAAUGAUGUCAGUUAUUUUUAUAAACUUUUUUUGAGGUUUUCCAUUUUUGGUAACAUACAAUGUAUGUAUGCAUUGAAAGUAAUUUAUUUUGUUGAUUUUUAUUACAUGUUUGAUUUCGAUGUUGGAAAAGUAACAAGAAAAACUUAAAAUUCCAAUUACCAACCAAUUAUCAUCAGUUAUGAUUUUAAACUAAUUGCUCAUUACUACUAUGUACUAAGUUAAAACUACCAAAUGUUGAUAUCUCGGAGAUGCACAAAGCGAAAGCUAAAGGCAUUCAACGUUUCAUUAAAAAAUAGUAAAAGGAUUUCAAUAGCUAAAUAUUAAUAACUUUCUUCAAAAAGUGUUCUAAUUUAGUUACCCUUAUGUUAGUGUGAAGAUGAAAAAAUAAACACUCUUGGAUUGGUGUGAAAUUUUUGUUGGUGUGAACUGGUUUCUUUUUCAAUGCUGUACAAUUCACACAGGGACACCUUAAUGAUAAAGUUGUAUUGAUGGCACUAUAUACUGUAACAAGGGUCAUAUCAAUAAUAUAUAUCUACAAAUCUUUACUGAUAUCUUAUAUCAUACUUACAUGAACUUGUUUAUUGAUUUAUCAAUAAAGAUGAUUCCCAAUAUCA